CUUCUUAUCGAACAAUUCUGUAAUCUUAUCGAAGCUAGCAGUUAGUGCCGUAACAAACGUUGAAAUGAAUGGUCAGGAAAUAGAGGAAGCGUUCCAGUUGGCAUCCACUCUCACAAAACAGUGUGGCUCAAUAGUUUUGAAAGGCUUUCGGAACGUUUCAAAAACUGUGCAAUGUAAGGGAAACCAUUGGGACGUACUUACGGAGUAUGACCGAAGAGUUGAGGAUGUGCUUGUGAAGGGUCUACUUGAACGUUUUCCCGAUCACCGUAUUCUGGGCGAAGAGAGUGUAAGUGAGGUAAACCUGAGAGAACCGCUGGAUGGGAGACCAACCUGGAUUAUUGAUCCCAUCGAUGGAACCAAUAACUUUGUGAAGGUGAUUAAGUUCAUCGCGAUAUCGGUCGCCCUAGUUGUGGAUGGUGAUUUGAAGAUUGGCAUCGUAUUUAAUCCGUGUUCGGACGAGUUCUUCUCGGCUGUUAGGGGUAAAGGAGCUUACCUGAAUGAAGGGAAAAUACAAACUAGCGGAAUAGGAGAACUUAAAAAGGCUCUGGUCGCACACGAAUCUUCAAUUGCUUGCUACGCGUCUGCUCGUCCGUACAUCUUUGGUCGUGGAUUGGAAUUCAUCAAAGAAUGCAUCGGACUACGGGCGAUGGGAUCAGCGGCCCUAACGUUGGCUUAUAUUGCUAACGGUAACAUCGAUUGCUAUGCAAUCGAUUACCUUAAACCGUGGGACAUUGCUGCAGGAGCUCUGUUAGUUCAAGAGGCUGGUGGUGUUGUCAUAAACAUCAAGGGAGGAAAAUAUGAUAUUCUUAAGCCGGACGUGAUUGCAGCUAGUUGUGAGAAAUUAGCUCAGCGUAUACUGGAAAUAGUCCAGAAGGUUGAAGUGGAUGUGACUAAAGGUCAACUGUCAUAGGAAAAAGAUUCGUUGUAUUGGGUAAUUCUUACUUUCUGAAGAAAUGCAUGGUCUAUUCAUCGAAAUAGAUGAAAUAAACAAAAGAUU